AUGCAAGCUUUCAUCGUCUUUGCCGCCAUCCUGUCCGCGGUCGUCGCGGCCCCGCAGUUCCCCGAGUUCUACAGCAUCGCUCAGGAUCCACGCAUGCUGCCGAUGCCCCAGGUGCCCCAGGAUAUGCUGCCCCAGGAGCCCCGCGCCUACGAGCCGUACUACGCCCCGCAGCAGUACGAGCCCCAGUACCAGCCGCAGUACCAGGCCCCGGCCCAGACCGAGCAGCUGACCGCUGACGGUUACAAGAUUGUCCCGGGCAUCGUUGAUGCUCGCUGCCCCCGUGGCGACGACCCGAUGAAGCCGGUCCACCUGCCGGUGCACGGAAACUGCGCCAAGUUCAUGAAGUGCUUCGGUGGCCGCGCCUACGAGAUGGACUGCCCGUCCGGUCUGGAGUUCGGCUCCAAGGUGAACCGUUGCGACUACCCCGCCAUGGCCCAGUGCUCCCGCUUCUAA